UUUCUGUACUCGUUUCAAAGCUCAUGUUCCAUAGGAUGAGGUUAGUGGUGCGGUGCAGACUUCUCCUUUUAACCCAGUUUCGGUGGCGAACUCUGACGGUCGGUGUUGCAAUCCGACACCACCCCUCGUUUCGGGGCCGGUCCCACUCUUUCGUCAUAGAGCCGCUUAACUGCAGGAAUUGCGCAGUUUUCUUCGAGACAGCAGCGCUUUGGUGUCGCUCUCCGCCAUGGCUGGGAGUGUGAAGAAGUUCUACGAGCUGUCGGCCAGGCUGCUCACGGGAGAGGUGCUCAACUUCUCUGCGCUCAGGGGCAAAGUGGUGCUCAUCGAGAAUGUGGCUUCGCUCUGAGGCACGACCACCAGGGACUACACCCAGAUGAACGAGCUGCACUCGCGCUACGCCGAGAAGGGGCUCGUGAUCCUCGGGGCGCCCUGCAACCAGUUCGGCCACCAGGAGAACUGUAAGAACGAUGAGAUCCUGAACUCCCUGAAGUAUGUCCGUCCGGGAAAUGGCUUUGAGCCUAAAUUCCAACUUCUAGAGAAGAUCGAAGUGAAUGGUGCAGACGCACACCCAUUGUUCGUCUUCCUUAAGGAGAAGUUACCAUUCCCCACUGAUGACCCGAUGUCCCUCAUGAAUGACCCAAAGGCCAUCAUCUGGAGCCCAGUGUGCAGGAAUGACGUGUCCUGGAACUUCGAGAAGUUCCUCAUUGGCCCUGAUGGUGAACCAUUUAAACGCUACAGCAGAAGGUUCUUGACCAUCGAUAUUGAGAGUGACAUCCAAAGUCUUCUUGGUCUUGGGAAGUAAAUCAUGUAGGCAUAGGCAGUGUGGUGAUGAAACAUUGCUGCAGUUCUACAGUUUCUAUAUCCUGAUGAUCCAGCAUUUUAUCUUGUCACCAUUCUGGUCUGCAUACCUACAUUGAAGGUGUCCAUUGUCUUUAUUCUGCCUGUGCUUUCCUGUGCAAGAUGCUACUGUUGUUUAGCUCUUUACUAAAUGAUGGCAUCCUUUAAAACCUUUGUGAAAGGGCUGCCUGAAGAAAAUGUAAAGGUCUUCUCUAACUGUAGUGUUUGGUCCAUGAUAAGCAUAGCUGAAUUUUGUGAUAUCAGUGGACAAAUAAAUUUUAUUUUACCGAA